AUGCUAAAGAUGGUGGGCCUGACAAUGGCCGGAUAUGGGCUGUGCCUCCGGAAGGAGGGGAUGGAAGAGGCCUCGGGUGGCACUGAUGCUCUCCCCCGUCUCUCUGUGUUGCAGGAAGGGAACGUCCGCUGUGAGGUGAUCCCCUGCCCUCCUGCCACCUGUGCCCAGCCGUUGACGGAGCCCGGAAUUUGCUGCCCACGCUGCCAAGGGUGCCUGCACGAGGGCCAGGAUCGGGCGGAUGGCAGCAGCUGGCUUUCUCCCUCGGAGCCCUGCCAGGCCUGCCUGUGUGCAGACGGCGUCGUCACUUGCACCCGGAUCGUCUGCGUGAACUCCUGCCCCACGCAGGUGGAGGUCCCUGGGGAGUGCUGCCCAGCCUGUGCAGACUGCAGCUACGGGGGCCGUAAUUACGGGCCAGGGGAGAGCUUCCAGCCCGGGGGAGACCCCUGCGAAGUCUGCACCUGUCAGCUCCUGUCCGACGGCCACCCGCACCUCCAGUGCCAUCGCAGGCACUGCCCCAGCCUGCUGGAUUGCACCCAGGACCAGAUUCAGGCGCCGGCGCCUGGUUCCUGCUGCCCCACCUGUGCACAAGCCCUCAGCAACUGCACCUCCGACCUGCUGGGCAAGGAGCUCCGAGCCGCCCAGGAUCCCUGCUACACCUGUAUGUGCCAGGAUCUGACCUGGCUCUGUGUCCACCGAGGAUGCCCCUCGCUCAGCUGCCCCAGCACCCAACGCUUCACCCCGCCGGGUUCCUGCUGCCCAGCCUGUGACGAAUGCGUGAUCGAGGCUGACGGACGGCGCGUGUCCAGUGGGGAGACCUGGAAGGACACUGCGGACAGCUGCGUCUCCUGUUCGUGCCACCUGGGACACGUGGAGUGCCACAUCCAGGAGUGUCUGCCCUUGGUGUGCCAGGAUGGCCUGGUGGAGGUACGGGUUCCAGGGCAGUGUUGUGCCGAGUGCCAAGAUCCCAUCCAGAACUGUUCCCACCUGAGCCAGGUGUUCCAGUCCAACCAGCGCUGGAAGGUGGACGAAUGCACCUCCUGUACCUGUCUGUCUGGCCAGGUGCACUGUCGCCGUGAACGCUGCCCCCCCUCCAACUGUGCUGCGGACGAGACGCCGGCCCUCAUUCCCGGCGUGUGCUGCCCCCGCUGCGUCCCCCAUCCCGCCACCUGCGUGGCCUUCGGUGACCCCCACUACCGGACGUUUGACGGCAAAAUGAUCCACUUCCAAGGGGGCUGCAAGUACGUCCUGUCCCAGGAUUGCCACGGGGAGGACUUCAGCAUCCACGUGACCAACGAGGACCGUGGACGCCCGGGCGUGUCCUGGACCAAGGAAGUGACUGUGUUGAUCGGGGACACCACGGUGCAGUUGCUACAGGACAGAGUGGCCAUGGUGGAUUCCCGCACGGUGGCCCUCCCCUUCCUGAAGGAGCCUCAUCUCUCCGUUGAGCCAAAAGGCCGCACUCUGCUGCUGAACACCAACAUCGGCAUCAAGGUGCUCUGGAACGGCCGCUCCCACCUGGAGGUCAGCGUGCCCGGAACAUACAGAGGGCGCCUGUGUGGGCUCUGUGGCAACUUCAACAGCUUCCCCCAGGACGAUCUGCGCAUGCGCUCAGGGGAGCUGAGCCUGUCGGAGGCAGCCUUUGGCAACAGCUGGAAGGUGGCCGAGGCCAACGCCACAGGCUCCGGCCGCUGUGCCGACGCGCUGGAUGCCGAUCCCUGCAAGGAAUCCGGGUACCGCUCCCGCAAGGAGGCCAACGCCCGUUGCAAGGUGCUGAAGUCCCCACCCUUCGCCCGCUGCCAUGCCGCCGUGCCCCCGGAGCCCUUCUUCGCUUCCUGCGUCUACGACCUCUGCGCCUGCGGGGCUGCCGGCACGGACGGCUGUCUCUGCGAGGUCCUGGAGGCCUACGCCGGGCAGUGCCACCACGCGGGCGUGAUGCUCCAGUGGCGCUCGCCCACCCUCUGCGCGGUGGGCUGUCCCCAGGAGCGGGGCUACGUCUUUGACGAGUGUGGGCCCCCCUGCCCCAAGACUUGCUUCAACCACGCCGUGCCUUUGGGGGUGCUGGAGUCGCACUGCUUUAAGCCCUGUGUGCCAGGCUGCCAAUGCCCAGCGGGCCUUGUGGAGCACCAGGCCCACUGCAUCCUCCCGGAGGCCUGUCCACCCAUCGUCCACAGCCCCCUCUGAACUGGACCAUCUCAGGGGGAGAGCUACCCUCCUUGGCCGUCACUCCCUUCCGGGACAGCCGAGGACCUUCGACGGGGACCUUCUCCAGCUACCAAAACACAACACACAGGUUCUCUCUCUCUCUCUCUCUCUCUC